AAACUGGUAUAAACUCAUUGUUGGAGGUGGGAUGUUUCACUCGAGAGAAGGAACAUGUGGAAAAAGGUAAUAGAUGGUCUGCGUGAAUGUAUACUAACAUGAGGUGUUACUUGUGGUAGAUAUUUUUGCAUGGCAAACCCGCGUAUUUCGCUUUUCACGCGUCCCAAUCCGCACAUUAGAUCGAGCGUGCAGUGCGUCCUGUGUGGCGCACCUCCUUCAAGCAAGACCUGAGUAAAGUCUGCGGUGGCUCUGAUGUUUUGACCGCAGAGGUGUUUUUCUUGUUCUCCUCCCACCCCCCCGAGCCUUCAGAUGGGGUUUAUGGCUACGUCUCGGUCACGUGGCUCUCCUCAGUGAAAGCUUUGCACUCUGCGGCUCCUCGGCACAUCCAGCGAUGCUGAGGCUGAGACAUAAGAUGCAGUUGAGAGUGUCCCCCGCAUAGAGGCAAAGUUAUGGCACGGUCAUCCUUGGAGAAAAAGGUCCCGCAGCAAUUUUUCUCUGUCAAAAAGUCCCUCACCGGUGACGCGCAUGUCUUUCAGAGACGCACAAGCCCGGAGCGAGAAACCCCGAAAUUACGCGUCAAAUCAAACUAAUUGAAAUCCAGUCGACGACAGAAGGGAAUUACAGCAGCGUUGUGUUGAGUGAGGGGCGCAAUGCAACAGGCCUGGAAAGUGAAGAUAACAACUGGCCCAUAGCUACACACGGUAUAAAGCUAACCUUGAUGCAGCCGUAGUUCCAAGUGCCCUUCAAUGAGAAUGGCUCUCAGCAAAUAGGACGCCUCCGAGUUCUGUCUUCACCUGCAGUGCCUUUAGGCAUACGUCUAUAACAUCACAACAGAGUUUUUGAGCUGUGGUGCUGCUAUUGAGAGCGAGUGGGUUCAUCCAUCUCAAAGUCCUGUUGCGCAGUGUUUCAGUGAAAUUAAGGCUGUCAUGAACCUCUUCCGGAAGGACGCCAUGGCCACAAAGAAGGAAAAAGAGAAAGAUAUACAGUACGAGGACCCUCCAGAUGGGGGUUGGGGCUGGAUGGUUGUGCUGCACUGCUUUCUGGUAAAUGUCCUUGUGAUGGGUACACUGAAGAGCUUUGGGAUCUUCUUUGUGGCGUUCCAAGACGAGUUUGGAGGCUCAGCGGAAAGUAUAAGCUGGAUCGGUUCCAUCAUGUCGAGUCUGCGUCUGUCUGGAGCACCUCUUGCUUCUGUAGCCUGUGCCAAGGUUGGAACUAGGGUGACAUCGAUAACUGGGGCAGUCCUGGUUAGCGGAGGCUUCCUCAUAAGUAUUUUUGCCAGCAGCGUGGUAUACCUCUACAUCAGCAUGGGAGUGAUAGUUGGAAUAGGUUUUGCACUACUAUACCAAUCCUUCUCCGUGGUCACAGCACUGUACUUCCGAAAAAGGUUAGCAACAGCUUAUGCGAUUGGGCGUUCUGGGAUGGGGUUGACUUUUGCCCUAGCUCCGUUCACUCAGUUGCUCCUCGACCAAUAUGCUUGGCAAGGGGCCAUGUUGAUUCUUGGUGGUCUCAUGCUGAAUCUGGUGGCCUCCGGGAUGCUUCUGCGACCCAUCAAGGUGAAGCCUCCCGUUUCAAACCCUACCUCGUCUCCCAUCCAAAAAAGCCCCGCUGUUUCCCUCAAGAGCUCCUCAGAGAAGGAAUAUGCUAAAAGCUGCUUGAGCAGCUCCUCUCACCUCUCCAACGGUGUCUCCAAAUCAGACUCUUUCCCAUCCUCUCCUGCCCCUCACAGGGACACUGAGAACCAAUGUACUCAGGACCAGUCGGUGAACCCUGAACUGACUAGACUGGUCCUCAAUGGUGUGAAUGGCCAUGAAUCUCACCAUGAUGUGGGCCAGUGUAAAGCCACAACUCCUGAAUGCUCCUUUGAGCUCAACGGCAGCAUGAAUGGGUCCACCAUCAUUGCGUCAAAUGCCAACAUGCAGAGUGAGGUGACUGUCACAAAAACCAAAGUACUGGAUUUCUCCUUGCUGAAGGACCCGUUCUUCUGCAUCUACACUUGGUCCUUGGUCUUCAGCCAGUUGGCCUACUUCAUACCCUAUUUCCACCUGUCGGCCCGCGCCAGAACCCUGGGCAUCGAUGCCAUGGAUGCCUCUUUUAUCAUCUCUGUGGCAGGUAUCACAGAGACCAUCGCGCAGUUGGCCUCGGGCUGGGUGACAGACAGGAACCUUUUCCAUAAAUACCAUUACCACAAAGCCUACCUGAUCCUCUGCGGUUUGGUCAACCUGCUAUCCCCUCUGGCAACCUCCUACAUCCUGCUCAUGGUCUACGCUGUCUUCUUUGCCAUCUUCUGUGGCGGCUACAUGGCUCUGCUACUGCCUGUUCUGGUAGAUCUCGUGGGGUCAGAGAAACUCAAUAACUCCAUGGGCUUCUCCAUGUUCUUUGUCGGCUUGGGUUGCCUCACGGGACCUCCUCUGGCAGGCUUCCUGUACGACUACACCCAGACUUAUGACUGUUCUUUCUACCUGGCUGGACUGUGCUAUCUCCUCUCCUCCUUGUCCCUGUUCAUGGAGCCGCUGGCUCAGCGCUGGAAGGCCAGGAGGAAACUGUCGCAGGUCAAGAGUGCAGAAAGCAGCUGUAAGACCAAUGGUUGCUUCACCCCUGACCGCCUGCAGAACGGCGCUGUGUAGGAAUGAAAGCCAGGGAAAGGCCUUCGACUAGAACCAACACGCUCAUGACCGCAGGCCUGUAUGCCUUGGACUCCAGCUUAACGUCGGGACCUUUGACCAUUCAUUUCAGCAGGAGCGGGCUGAGGAAACGAAGACUGUGACCAUGGUAACAUGAUGUCUGAGACCAUGCUAGUCUGGACGCCGGUGAAUAGACUAUAAUGGUGAACUUUUAAAAAAGCCAAAAUUUUUAAUGUUCUGCAAAAAAAGAAAAAAACAAAACAAAAAAAAAAACAAACUCAAAUCCCGUCUUCCUUUUCUUAUCAGAUGAUGACAUCAAAUCUCAAGAUAAAUCCUACAUGCGAAGCACAUUUUAAUAUAUGUAUAUUUGCAACCACACUGUCGAAAGAAACUAAUUCUGUUUCCCAAUGCGAUAACGAGACUGCACUGACAGCAACAUCCGACGCACAUAACUCUGCUAGUACCUGAACUACACCGUUGAUCUCAAAAUCCUUUCCUCAGCUAGUUUUUCCCCCGCGAUGACUUUAAUGGAAGCACAUACAAACGAAGAUGUGCUUUCCAUCUAACGUCUCGGGAGAACUCUACUUCCUUAAACCUCUACUCACUGAUAUGCACUUUGGGCCAAGUUGUGAUUAUGCUGCAUGUCUUUUCUACAGACGUAUAACUGCCAGAUAGUCAAGAUACUGAAUGACCACGUUACACUAGAAGCCUGCUCCUCCUCCUAUGACACAAUGUGUAGUCUGUUAUAUGAAGCCAAAUACAUGUAAUCGCUUGUGUAGCUUAACAGGGAGGAAAUGUAUCUCAUCCCGACAAGAUUAUUGUAGGCAUGUGCUAGCAUUUACCUGAUGCACACUGAUAUUCUUGUAUUUAUAUAUUAAUAUUCUACAUUUUUUGUACCUCUACUAUUUCAGCAUACUUUCAUACAUCCAUGCCACUGAGCCGUACCAACACCUGACUUUCUUUCAGCUUUUUUUUUUCCAUCCCAGACAUGAAUCUGCUGAAUGUUUUCGUCAUCUUCAAGUACUUUCUGUCCAUGCUCGUGCGUUCUUCUAGAUGCCACUGUUGGUUUAUACCUCCAGCGGUUCCUCUAGAGUCUCACGUUACUUUUAUACUUGUCAGAAACCGGUGGCUCCUUACGUGAGACUCCUCAGUUCGUCUCACGCAAAAUAAGCCCUCUAACCCUUUUUACAUGUCAACCGACUGUUCAGCAGUUUUCUGCUGACAUUCGAACAUCCGCCUCGUAUUUUUAAACUGACAUUUAAACCGCUUUCAGCACCUAGGUAAACUGACACUUUAACCAACUUUACUCCUCAAACAGCUUUUCAACAGUUUUAACUCUUUUCCAGCUGCUGCCACUCAGACGGCUCCUUUAAUCCUCACCUAUGAGAUAUAAGUACUUACACGUAAAAAGAACAAUUGUCACUUCGCCUCCUUUAACCUGUUUACAGCGGUUGCACCUGCAGAACUUCUGCACAACUUAAUUAUCUUCAGAACAAUGUUUUUAUCAUUUUUACUGUAUAUGUAUUUCUUUUGAUUUAAACUAUGAACUGCCUUUCUCCUUUUGUGGGUCCCUAAUGAUGAUUCACGUGUAAACGGCUUGGCGAUGUUACCUUUUUUCUUUGGUGGCACCGGCAGAUGAAAGAAAACGGUCAUUGCCUGGCUCAUUGCUCAUGAGCUGCUCUAUGCAAGUGCACGCACACACACAGACACACACACACACACAAAGACUUUGUUUUGAUUAACACACAUGCACACCUAAUUACUUUAGCAACCAGCUCCUAAAAGAAAACGCCUCUUAAGCCGAAGUGUUUUCCACGUGUACUGAUCAGUCGGGAGGAUCGAUGGAGGGUUUUCUGUGCUCGAUUAAGUGCUAUUGUGUCAACCUUGUGUGUGUCUGUGAAUGUUUCUGAUCGACAGAGCCGACGGUGCGACUGUGACCAUGUAAACGCACGGUACCCCAGCUGGACUGUUUCAAAAAUGUGGCCCAGAAUUUACAGUGCCUGCAUGCAGCCUGUUAACGGCAAUGCAACUUAUUGUGUUUAUACGUGGGAGCCUAUUGGUUGUUGAAUCUUUUAUAUAUAUAUAUAUAUAUAUAUAUAUAUAUAUAUAUAUAUAUAUAUUGUGGAGGUUUUUGUGUUGUCAGUGGAUUUCUUGUUUUUCACCACUGUUUGCCUUACAAGGUGAUGUAUCUUUUACUAACUUUCCUGUAAUGUCAGCCAAAGAUCACAUUAGAAACCUACCAACAACUUGAAGCAAGUUAGUAAGAAAUAGAGUGGAUAGUGCAUGUAACGUAAACCGCUAUCAACGCCCAUUAUUCAAUCAUUUCUAAAGUCUUAAAUUGAAGGCAGCGCCAAGUCCACUGAUGGACACGUGCUUUGUUAUGCUGCCCUCUUGUGGCGGAAGAAAGCUUCUACUCAAAGAAUGCUGUCUCAAUUAGUACCAAAUUAUUCCCCUUCAGCUCACUUACACAAUACUGAGCAAGGCUCUUUGUAUUGUUUCUAUAACGACAGUCAUGCACAAAAGCUCCUUUUGGCUCACGAGUUGCAUUCACCGAUGGUACGCUGUGUGAUUUAGGGCCACAGAAUAUUUUGUACCAUAAAAAAAAUAAAUAAAAUAAAAUAAAAUCUUUUAUGAAACAUAUUUGAUGCUUUAAAUGCAGACCUGCCUGAGUUGGGAUCAUUUUACUUGGUAGGAUAUUUUAAGGAAAUGUAUGCUUGAGAGGUAUCGUCAUUUUGUUUUUUUGUUUUUUUUUGGAAAUGUCUCAAAUACCACUGAUAAAGAUGAAAUGAGUGCUACUUGGCCACAUUUUAUGCUUCUUCUUCUUCUUUUUUGUUUUUUUUAUUUUUUGCUGCAGCAAAUGCAAUAAUGGGCGAAGCACUGUUUAGUCCAGGGGUGUCAAAGCCAUUGUAGUUCAGGGGCCACACUCCGCCCAAUUUGAUCUCAAGGGGGCCGGACCAGUAACACAACAGCUCAUUAAUUAAAUAAUGACAACUCCAAAUGUUUUCCUUUACUUUAGUAUGAAGAAGUACAAGUACGCGUAAUGAAAAACCAUAAAUUUCUUUAAAAGUGCAAGAUGCAGUUUCUUAUUUGUCUUCAGUGUAAUGUUUGCAAAUUCAUCCCAUGGGCCAGACCGGACCCUCUGGCUGGGCCCGGUUUUGGCCCCCGAGCCGUAUUUUUGACACCCCUGGUUUAGUCACUUCUCUGGCUUCUGGAUUUGUUAACUGAUUGUCUUUAGAAAAUGUGCUUGAAUAAUCAUAGAUAUCCUUUUUUUUUUUAAAGCCUUGUAACAGUGCGCAGGUCAGCUGAAAUAAACUGAUGCGUGGCUCAGUC